AUGUCCUCUCUCUCUGCCCAGGGUAAACGGCUAGCGGGCAAGACCAUACUGGUGACCGGGGCCAGCAGCGGUAUCGGACGCAGCGUGGCGCAGGAAUUCGCACGCACCAGCCCCGAAAACCUCAAGCUCAUUAUCACCGCCCGCCGCAUCGACACCCUCAAGCAGGUCGCGGCAGACAUCAACAAGGAGGUUGGCUCUGGCGUACAAGUCCUCCCCGUCCAACUCGACGUCUCCAAACCUGACCAGGUCCGCAACCUCAUCCCCAGCCUCCCACAGGAAUUCCGCGAUAUCGAUGUCCUGGUGAAUAAUGCCGGCCUCGUCAAGGGCAUGGCCCAGGCACCGAACAUCGACCCCGCGGACAUCGACGUCAUGUUCGCGACCAAUGUGACCGGUCUGAUCAACCUGACUCAGGCGGUGUUGCCUGUCUUUAAGAAUAAACAAGGCGGUACGGAUGGUGGGAGGGGUGAUAUCAUCAACAUUGGGAGUAUUGCUGGCAGGGAAGGCUACCCCGGUGGUAGCAUCUACUGUGCCACAAAGGCCGCCGUCAGGACUUUCACAGAUAGUCUGAGGCGUGAGUUGAUCGCUACCCGCAUCAGAGUCAUUGAGAUCGAUCCCGGUCAAGUCGAAACUGAAUUCUCAGUGGUGCGAUUCGGCGGCGACAAGGCCAAAGCCGACGCCGUGUACAAGGGUGUUGAGCCCCUGACGCCCGAUGACAUUGCCGAGGUCGUUGUCUUCACCGCGGGCCGCAGAGAGAAUGUCGUCGUUGCGGAUACGUUGAUUUUCCCGAAUCAUCAGAUUCGCUGCUUUGUCACGGGAAAAGUCGUAAAUUUGCUGGGCUGA